CUGACGCCAUCCCCCUCUCGUCUCCACUCCUCUCCUCCUCUUCCCUGCGUUCUCCCAGGUUGUGGAAACACUGCAGCCCGCUGGUCUGUGUCUGGAUCCCUCUCUCGCACAGAGCUGCUCAAGACCCUCCUACCGGCUGGGCUGGGGAAGGAGGAGGCAGUCUGCUCUGCUUGCAGCCUCGGACGAGCCCCCUUUACCACCCUGUCAGUGUGGAGGAAAAGGAGAGAGAGAGAGAGAAGCUGAGAGACUGAGUGAUAGAGAAAGCGCACGCGAGAGAGAAAGAGCGCAACUGUGUGAUAGAGGGAAAGAGAACGAAGCAGGCAGCUUAGAGGAGUGAGAGAGGCAAGGACAAAAUAAGGAACACAUUUUACAAGAGCAGGAAGAGGAAGGAUCGUAAACGAGGGACUCCUUCUGUACUUCUCUACUGGGCACCUGGGACACAGUCAGUUUUUUUUCACUCGUCUUCUAGCUGGAACCAAGUGGAUUGACUAACCAACCGGUGGAUUGUUUUUAAAAUAUACGCUUGUGCCACAUCAUUUAGAAACUGGGAUCAUUUCCCUGUGUUAUCUGCCCUCUUGCUGACUAGACCGCUACAGACUGAGAUUGCUUUCUGGUUCUGUGCUUGACUCUCGUCUUGUCAUUCUGCUCCGUGCACAAAGUGCAUCUGUCGGCAACCGGUGCUGAAGACAUCUCCCCUCUGUCAAGCAGGACAGCACGCAGCCACCGUCGGAUCAGACUACAGAGGAGAGAGAGAGAGAGAUAGACAGUGUGUGUGUGUGUGUGUGUGUGUGUGUGCAUGUGUGUGUAAGAGAGGGAAAGAGAGAGACAGGGGCAGUGAGAGAGUCAGAUUCACAGUGUGUUUUGAGAGGGAGGCAGAUUAAAGCCCAGCCGAAAGACUGGAGUGAAACAGCUUAAAUAGAGAAGUGAACCUAUACGUCCUCUCCCGUUUUCCUUGCCAUCCCUUUCCUCCUCUCCUCCUCCUCCUCUUCCUCUCCCAUUUUCCAACAUUCACAGGACUGCCAGAGCUACUGCCACCUGCACCUCUUCACGUCUUCUCGUUCCCCUUCUUCCUCUACCUCACCCUUAUCACGUGUUACUAUCCGAUACCUGCCACUGACAGACACGCUGCUCUUGGUUCUAGCAGUUGUGGAAAUAUUUCCAUUGAUCCAGCAGUGAGAGACUGAGUGAGCAUCCGCCCGAUACCGAGGCUCCUGACCGUUCGUCAGGAGCUUCCCCAUCAGAGGCAGACCUUCUCCCAGACACUGUCCGGCACGCAGAUCCUGCCUUCUCCCUGGAGGACUGGCUAGCGGCACAGUGGUGCGGACAGCGAAGACAGGACUCGCACAGCCCCUCCACUGCCUCUAUCCCAUUGCUAGCUACUUGGCAGCUCCCGCCCCGUGUCACCAUUCCCUGCCUCAGUGCUAAGGAUUCCAGCUACAUGGGCAAGCGAUUGGAGCAGCAGCCAAUGUACCCUCAGUACACCUACUACUACCCCCACUAUCUCCAGACCAAGCCCUAUGCUCCACCCCCUCAUCCCAUGGCUCCUCCCAGCCCUAGCACCAACAGCUGCAGCCAGGGAGGGGCAGAGCAGCUGAGUAAGACCAACCUGUAUAUCCGAGGCCUGCCACCUGGGACCACCGACCAGGACCUCAUCAAACUCUGCCAACCGUAUGGAAAAAUAGUGUCAACCAAGGCCAUUCUGGAUAAGAACACCAACCAGUGCAAAGGCUAUGGCUUUGUGGAUUUUGACAGCCCAGCUGCAGCACAGAAGGCCGUGUCGUCUCUCAAAGCCACCGGGGUGCAGGCCCAAAUGGCCAAGCAACAGGAGCAGGACCCCACCAACCUGUACAUCUCCAACCUGCCGGUGUCUAUGGAUGAGCAGGAGCUGGAGAACAUGCUGAAGCCCCUGGGUCACGUCAUCUCCACGAGGAUACUGAGGGAUGCCAACGGGGUCAGCAGAGGAGUCGGCUUUGCCAGGAUGGAGUCCACAGAGAAAUGUGAAGUAGUGAUACAGCACUUCAAUGGAAAAUACCUGAAAACCCCGCCAGGCAUUCCAGCUCCCACGGAGCCUUUGCUGUGCAAAUUUGCCGACGGAGGGCAGAAGAAACGCCAGAGCCAGAGCAAGUACCCUCAGAAUGGCAGGCCGUGGCACAGAGAAGGCGAGACUGGCAUGGCGUUAACAUAUGAUCCCGCUGCAAUGCAGAAUGGGUUCUAUUCAUCGCCUUACAGCAUCGCCACCAACCGCAUGAUUGCACAGACCUCCAUCACGCCCUUCAUCGCUGCUUCCCCUGUUUCUACAUAUCAGGUCCAGAGUACGUCAUGGAUGCCUCAUCAACAAUAUGUUAUGCAACCUACAGGUGCAGUGAUCACGCCAGCCAUGGACCACACUAUGUCCAUGCAGCCUGCCAGCAUGAUGGGUCCUAUCACCCAGCAGAUGAACCAUCUGUCCCUGGGCACUACAGGAAGUUACAUGACUGCUGCAGCUGCCGCGGCGCCUAUGCAAGGGACCUACAUUCCCCAGUACACUCCUGUGCCUCCAACAGCCGUCCCUGUCGAAGGAGUGGUGACGGACGCCUCCCCCCAGACAGUGGCUCCCUCGUCACAGGAGGUGGCUGGCCAGCAGCAACAGAUCCAGGUGGAGAGUGCUGCCGACCAUGCUUACUCAUACCAGUCCAAAUAGCAACGUCCUGAGCGAAUGUUCCUGUGACAGCGUUGCCUUGAGACAGAAGGUGGCUGCACUGUGAAUGUGAGGAAAAGAGAAAAUAAAGAGAUUGCUUCCAGAUUGCCCAGGCACCAAAAAAAGAGACACUUUUUUCAUUUCCUACCUGGCCUACGAGAAAAAAAAAUGCAAGAAGGAGGUAAAGAGUGCUGAGGAAGGGGAUGGGAAAAUUGCUGGGCACAGUGCAAAGAAGUGAAAUUGUUUAGUCUGGGAACCUGCCUGAAGGGCUGGGCUGAAGCUUGAAAAGUUUCUCAAAGAAAAAUCUCAACCAAUUUAAAAAAAAUUUAAAAAAAGAAGAAAAAACAAAUAAAAAAUUACAAAAGAAAAGGUUGAAUGCGCAGGUAGGUGAUGAAGUUUAUUUUGUAAUUAGAAAAGGGGAGUCAAGUUUGAGAUACACACAGAGACUGUCUUCCUCAGAUAUUAAGCUACAAUUUCUUUUCACUCUUUUUUAUGUUCUAGUGUUAAAUUUUAGUUUUCUAGAUAUAUUCGAAAACAAAGUGUUUUUUCUUUCUUGAAUCUUCAUGGCCUUAAUUUGAAGGGCGCCAGAAACUUUUUACAGAGUUGAAGUCUGACGUCUGGUUAGGGGGAAAAAAAGCAAACAAAAUCAGUCUCUUGGACCACUUGGAGGGUACAAGACACUGGAUGAGUUGUUCUAAAGAGGAAAAAAGAAUCUAUCACAUAAGCUGUACAGAUUUAAUAGAGAAGAGCUUUUUUUCGUUUCUUCAUUAGAAGAAAACUUUGAUAAUUAUUAUGUCAGAGGUAACUAAGUGUCAGAAGAAAACAAAAUGUCUGUUGGGGAAAAAGACUCGAGGGUGGGGGUGGGAAGGAGGGGGAGAGAAGAAGCUUUGAAGAGAUUUUUCACAAUGAGGAAAAAAUGAAAACAUAAGAAAACAUGCUGCAUUGUAGAUGCAGUCUGUUGCAAAUGCUGAACUUGUUUUUUAUUAUCAUAAUUAUUAUUUUACAUGGCAAAGUUGCUGUCAAUGACAUUAGUGCUUUUUAUCUGCCACAUUUUACCUUUUUUAUGAGCUUUAAGAUGUUUUUAGCCCGCUUUGCUUGUCACACUGCAAAAAGAAAAAAAAACAAAAGAAGAAGAAAAAAAUCAUAAAAUUAACUACAAAAAAAACUACGGAAAAAAUUCUGGCAGUGAAAUAAAAACAGUAGAUUCAGUAGGAGCUUACGGUUUAAACCAAUCAGUGCAAAAGCAAUAGAGGAAAUUGUUGACAAUUUCUGUAGUCUUUCCUAGUUGUGGAUCAAAUGCAGCCCAUGGAUGGCCAUUUUUAUACCAAAGAUGAAGAGACACUCUGAACCAGUUUUUUUUUUUUUUUUUUUUUUUUUUUUUUUCAUUUUUCAGUUUGGUUUUGUUGUUGUUGUUGAUGUUGUUGUUGAUGAUGUUAAUGUUGAUAUUGCUGUUGUUGAUGUUGCUGUUGUCGUUGUUUUUUAUUUGACCUUGAUGGCCGGACCAGUCCUUACUAUCUUAACAUCUUCUUUUCACCGGGUUUAAGCUAGUUUUCCACGGUUGUCUAAGCUGUUACACAUGCGCACACACACACAAACACACACACACACACACACAUAUGUACACAUGUCUAAAGAUGCACACACUUACUGUACAAACUCACACACACAUCAAACAGUAUUUAAAGUGUGAUGCAACCAGUGGCAGUCCUACCAAAAGUCCUUUUUCUUCACCUCCUCUUCUUGUCUUUUCAUUUCUUUAUAUGUCUCAUCACUUUUACGAUGCUUUCACACACCGUGGGUGCAUUCCACCUCUCUCUCUCUCAGAUCCUGCAGGGAAAACUUAAGGAAACAGACUGGGGAAUGUUGCUUGCUACGCUCCGUGGUUGUCGACACAUUGCUUCCAGCUUUGUCCUCUUAUUACUCUUCCUGCUUCUGUCCUCAGUCUCUUUAUCUCUUUGAUUCAACUAUACCAAACUCAACCAUUUCUUAAUAUACUGAGCUUCAAUGUUGAACUGGGAAUCUCCCUGCUGCUGUUUGACCUCAUUUUAAUCUCUAUCAUGUUGAUAUUACCAAACCUAGGUCACUUUUUUGAGUAUUUGCCUGAAUACCAGAUGAGUGAUGUUUGCUGCAUAUUGUACACCAGAUAAGUUGUUAGUCACAACAAAAAUCUGACUUUGAUCUUUAGCAAUGAUUGCAUUAACUUUAUGGCACUUGUGGUACUGACUUAACCUAUUUUGCGGCCAACGCAUUUUUAAAAAACAAUGAAGAAGUCAUAGAAAUGCUUAAAAGAAUAGUUUGACAUUUUUUGGAAAUAUGAUUAUUCGCUUUCUUCCUGAAAGUUAGAUGAGAAAAUCAAUUUCACUCUCUUAUCUGUACGGUAAAUAUGAAGCUACCGUCAACAGCUUAGCUUAGCUUAGCACAAAGACUGGAAACGGGAAAUAGCCAGCCUGGCUCUGUCUGAAAGUAACAAAAUCAGCCUACCAGCACCUCUAAAGCCGACUAAUAAACACGUUAUAUCUCGCAUUCUUUCUGCACAUGCCCUCUAUUAUGACGUAAAUGUUGUGGACGAACGCUUCUCCACUCCACAAGAAGCAACACAAUAACGGCAAAUACUGCGCUGAUCAGAGGAUAGGUAUCUAUCUUCAGGGAGCUGAUCAAACAAAUGUCAGGUAGCCUUUGAGGAAGACGGAUGCAUGAGUAUACAUCACUUAUGCGCAUGUCACACAGCUGUUCCAAUUAAACGUGUCAGCGCUUGUAAACACCUGUAUUAGAUUACAUCCAUGUAAACAAUUGACCCGAAAUCUUCAAUAAGAAUGAUUUCAAUCAGAAUGACAAAAGAGUGUGCAUGUAACCGCAGCUAGUGAGGUUGAUAGGCAACCAGCAGGGACUCCAAGAAAUUACUGUGAAGAAAUGUUGCACAGUUUCUUAAAAACACAACUGAGCACAAGCAAAAUUGACUCUUUUACUCAAUGAGAGGACAUCUGUAAACCAGGGAACUUUGCUUUGUAAGACCUGUUUGCAUUGUAAGACUAUCACUCUGACACUAACAAGGCAUGGAAGAAGUAUGUUUAAAGGGUAGACAAGGACUGUCUGUCUUGAACACCCCCCUGAUCAUUUGCCCAACACAAGCAGGGGACGUCAGGAACUAACUGGGCUCCUCACCAGCCAUAACAAGAUGUUGAUGGCAGCUCCUUCCUCGACCCCACUACUGAGUGUCAGUUACACCCUUGGUUGUCCCAAUUUAUUGCACAAACAACCCUGUCUCAUCUUAUGCUGUCUUUCCAUCCCAGAGCUGUGUGAGGUUUCCAAUGAUUCCAUCUCUGAGGAUUGUCCCUGAAGAAAUUGCCUGUGGGACAGCAGCCAUUUUUGCCCCCAUUAAAGCAGCCUUUGUGUGUCAGGAGCAGUGUGUUUCUGCUCUGUUCACCCAUGUCUGCUUGCUCUGCCCCACUGUGGUGCUACAGCGCUAAAAAGACCCCGUUUUUUCCCUGCUUCAUUGGCACCAUUGAUGUGCCAUGGCCAAGCCAGGCUCCUUUUGCUCUCAUUUUACCUCAUUCUGUCCUUCUUCCCCCUCUCUCGCACUCUCUCUGAGGUUUCUUCUCUUUAUUGGAUGGUGCAGAAGCAGAACCACAAACCAAUUUCAGUCACUCUCGCAAUGAGGCUUGACGGGCCCAAUUUGUCUCCCUCUGGGGCAAUAGGAUCCACUCCAGUGUCCCUCAAAAGACCCUUUUCUUCCAGACAGAGAGGGAGCUUUUUGUUUGGUGACAAUUGCAAUUGAGCUCUUGCAGUUCAUGUGACUCAUUCAAAUCCAAGUCCAGCGCUGCAUUUUGGGACAUAAUGGCGUGUUGUGCACAUUACAGGCAAGCUAUGUUAUUGUGCGUGGCGAUGUUUGUAAGUAACAAUCAAAUUGUACAUCGAGUGCCUUUUAAUGAAGCUUCCAAAUGAUUCCAAAUUAUCUGUGUGAUAGUUAAAAAAAAUGAAAAAAGCACAUGGAAGAGCUUGUUUGAUUCAGCUGUGCUAAAGAAAUGCUACACAAUAUCGAAGCCACUCUAUGGUGCUAAAGAGGAAGCAGUCUUGGGCUUGUGCCUUCAUUGUGUUAACAGAUCUCUGUGAGGAGCUGGCCACUGUUGAUCAUUUGGCCAUGAACUCACUCUUAACAGGCCGUCUGUCCACUUCCUCACACAAAAGAAACAGGCACACAGGUUCCUGAAGUGAACUACACUGUUAAAGCCAUACGUACAUUUUCACACAUGUAACAAUGUAAAAUACCUGCUUUACAUUUUUUUUCUUCCAUCCACCAACGGAGGUCAAAAGCCAAAUGUGUAAUUCAAACUGUCUCUCAAUGACCGUUCAGCUGUUUAUUGUCCAAUCAAAUCAACACCUGCCCUUUUCGUUUCAUCUGAUCUGCCACUCAACAUCUGCUUUCACUUGCCGCGAGGCUAUGAUUUGCUCUUAUCUCCCAAUGAACAAGUCUCUGCCACAUUACAAUCUUUAACAGCUAACAACUUACAAAUGUUGGGUUUUAGAGCUCCCACGUCACUCAUCUGUUCGUCAUUGUAGCAUGAACUCACUGUAUUCCAUUUCUGAGUUAUUUUAAGUGUCCUAAUUAAACAACAGAGCUGCUGAACUAUAACUUUACCAGUUUUAAGCUAGUAUGUGUGUGCCUGUGUGUAUGUGUUAAGAGUUGUUCUACUCAACAGUUCAACUUUUAGUGAAGUUAUGAAUACAGCAUCGCUAUAACCGAGUUCCCUAGACUUUUACAGCGGCUGUUUUAUAGAGUACAGUAGAGAGCAGAGCGUCCUACAAAUGGCCUGAGAUUCAAUAGUAAUGGUAUUAUGGGAAAUAGGAUUACAAAUAGCCAAGAGAUCAUGGAAAAACUGCACAACAAAGAAUAUCAGCUCUGUUUUGCUAAUGGAGAUUCAAGAAAGAAAAAGAUGUUAAGGCAGGUGUUUGCUUUUGGUGUACCGCACCAAUAUUUCACAGAUCUGAAAGAUUACCCAAUUGAACAAACAGAAAAGGCUUUUUCUUAAUAGCACAAUGGCAUAAUGUACCUUUUCAGAAUACCAAUACCUUUGCGGGAGUGUACAGAAGGCAUGCCUGCAAUUUACAGGAGGCUGUAGCAGAAAUGCUCUACCCCCAGUCAUGUGUCAGCACAAACCAGGAGCCAGCUAUACCAAGAGAGAAAGUGUAUUUGUGUGAGAAAGAAAGAGGGGGGGGAUCAUUAGCUGCUGUUGCCGGGCAGGAGUGGUCAUAGCCUGGAGUUUCUCCGUCUUCAUGCAGCAGUAUGUCCCCUGUACAGGACUCCAGGAGGAGACCAGUUUGACCCAUCACUAACUAGCAACACACACUCUUCCUUUCCUAUUCCAUCACACCAAGAUAUACUCUUUCUCUCCUUUUCUGCACAGUUGCUUAUCAUUUUCCACCUCUUACAUUUUUUCCUUCCCCUUCUUUAAGUCCACAUCAGCAUCCUUUUCAGCUUUAGGAAAGACAUCAAACAUCAAAGACUCCAAUCUGCUGCUCUCUCGUAAUCUUAGGAUCUCACCUACUUUUAGAGAAGAUUGGCCAGAGAUCGAGGGACCCGUUUCACAACAUUUGCAACGUGCAAGCUGUGAUUUGCAACACGACAUCAUGUCCUCUUGUGUUAAUUUUGACACGUUUCACUAAUCAAAACAAACGCCAUACUUGUGACCCAUGCAUGAGAGAACCCUCUAGGACUCGAGAAGCAACGAUCAUUUGUGAAACGUGACGCUGCCCCCAGUUGGAAUCUGUGUCCAAGCACUGCUCGCAAAUAGCCUUUGUGAAAUGGGCUCAUGGAUCAUAGGCCAAGUUUCCACCAUCGCAUUCAUUAUCACACCUCCAUAGCAGGUUGGAGGUGUAAUGUCCUUGUUGGCAUUUCAUAUUGCUUAGUAAACCUGGGCCCUACUGGUGUUCUAUCACCUUCAACGGUUUGCCUGCUGAAGUGUCAGGAUGAUAUUGUUUGCUGCCAUAGCGCCAAAAAGUCAAAACAAAGUUUAUGCAAUCAUAUAUUAAGUAUUUAAUAUUUUGUGAUGUAUAUUUUUGUGAAAUUAACCAUAUAUCUGACAACAUCUAAAUUACCACAAUGCAGUAAAUCUCACUCAUCUAGUGUAAGCAGAUGCUCAGAAUUGUUUUCAAACUACUAUUUGAUGCAGGAUGAAGAAAGUAUACUGUACAUUUAGAGCGAAUGUGGGGAAUGUAACAUUUCAUUCCCUGUCAGUCCUCUUCGGAUAAGACACACACUCUCCACACGGUAAAUCUGAUCUUCUUUGAGCUUCCCUGAGAUAGCUGAUAAAUACAGAUCUUGAGACUUUACUUACAUCCAGGUUUUCUCUGGUGUCUCUCCAGUUUUCAAGGCAAGGUGCUUACUUUAAAAAAAAAAAAAAAAAAAGUUUUCUCAAUCCGUCCCUAACUCACCAUUUCUCACAGUCACUGCCGCCAUCCCUAAAUCUGACAUGAUUUAGAAAGGCAUUCAUGUAGUGUGGCUUCCCCACUGUGACAUGAGUAAACUCAUUAGAUGCAUUACAUGUCAUACUCACUUGUCGUGAGGCUCUUGCGGAUUCAUCCUUGUGAACGGAGUUGUAGCCAUUCCACAUUGAUUCUCGUGUGUUAGGAAAACAGUAGUUCAGAGUUACUCUCACAGCCUGUCUCCCACAGAGUGUAAAGGAGAGCUGUGGCUCAAUAACUCAUCACAGACAAGCACAUACACACACACACACACACUCCACAUACAUAAUGCAGUGGGAAAAUUGCUCAAACUACCCCCCACAAGAGCGAGGCCCUGUGCUUUUUAAUUGAUGCUUCGGUCCACCUUUGAUGAGAGCUAUCGAUUGGCCACACAACCCCAGGAGCGCAGCCAGCCAGCCAGCACACAACUCGUGGAGUUCAAACAGCUCCCUGAAAAAUACAAAAUCCAACAAUCACUAGGAAAUGGCCGACCAAAUUGUUUAGAGAUAGUCAGCACAGAAAGUGUGUUAGGCAUGGGAUUAAUUUACCAGAUAAAAAGAGGAACUAUUUAUUUGGACAGCAGAGCGGUUUUUGAUUUGUUUUGUGUUAGUAUUCUCUUUUAGUUUUGUUUUUUUGGUUUUCACUUUUCUUUGUUUCGGUGCCGAGGAGGACAUGGUCACGCCUCGCACACGCUGCUCAGUGUGUGUGAUCUUUGAGAAACUAUCUGUACAUCUGUGGAUGUUAGGAUUUGACUUGGGUUUUAUGAGUUGUUUUUUUUCUCUCUGAUGAAGCUUUCAAUAAAAAAAUGUGGAAAAAAGCA